CCCGGGCUGCCGUCAGCCCCGCGCCCGCGCCCCGUGCAGCCCCGCGCGGCUCCGACAUGCAGGGCCAGCGGCAGCGCGGCGCCGCGCCCGGCCCGGCGCCCCCUCCCCGCGGGAGCCCGAGCGACCCCGCCGCGGGAGCAGGCGCCGUCUCCCUGCGCCCCGCUUCUGAGGGGCGCGGCGCGAGCAGGGCGCCCGGGGGGCGGGCAGGGGCAGGCGCGCAGCGGCUCUCCGGGGAGCGCCUCUCCGGGGCGCGCGAGGGCCCUUCCCCCCGCCCGGCCCGAGGCCCGGACCCCGCGGAGCCCGGCAGCGCCUGGGGGGAGUUUGAAGGCUUUCGGGACGCUUCGGCCCAGUCUGAGCAGUUCUCCCCAAACUUGGAGCGCCCGGAGAGACCCCCGCGUCCUCGGCGGCAGACAGUGGCUUCUACCCAAAAGGAGCGCGGUGCUCGCCAGCCUGCCCAGCGCGGGCCUGGGGUGCCAGGAGCCGCGGGCAGCGCACCUCGUGAGCCUCCACACAGCUCUGAGGAUGUGUUCUCGUUUGUUUUUCAAGACACACCAGUCCCCCAGGCAACUGAGGGCGUCUCCCCCUUGAACCACAUCUUAGAAGCGCCCGGCUGGGAAUCUGGACAGCAGCUGUGCCCUGAGUCCCGCAGACUCUGGAGAGCCCUGCAGAGCCCAGACGGCGCGUCGGCCUCUCGCUGCCCCUGGAGCGGGUCCCACUGCCAGGAGAACCUGUUCCUCGUUCUCGGAAUAGAUGCUGCUCAGAAGAACCCUUCUGGAGACCUGGGUCACACUCUGGAAUGUUCCGACCUCAAACAGCCUGAAGACCUGGGCGCGCCUGCCUUCUCUCUGCAGCCCUGCAGAGCUGUGAUCCAGACCAAGCUCCCCGGGACGUCUGGCGGCAGACAGGGGGGCCUGCUUGCCUGCAGCGUCUUUCUGAAGACCCCCUUACCCAGAAACGGGCAGUACAUCACAAUUCCGUGGAAGAAGAAGAUGUUCAAUCCACGUAAACUAAAAAUGACCUUGUUUAAUAGUGACGUUUGCUAAAACAGGAGAACUUUGUAUUUUUAUGAGGAAUUAUACGUUUUUCUACCGGCUUGGUUUGGUGCUGGAAACCAGAACUAUUCCGUGGGCGUGUUUCUGGGGACGCCGUGCGGGAAGCUGUGCGUGCCCGCUGGUGCACCUUGGGGUCUGGCCCCUUUAGAAGAGCGGGUCCUUCGGCAGAGCCAGUCUCAAUAGGAAGGGGGUGCCCCAGGUCCCCAGGAGCUCCGCCCCAGCUUGACGUGAACCAAGGUGCAGGUGCUGCUGGCCCCUGUGGCCACCUGGGGAGGGACCCCAGGCCUGGCUGCCUGUGUGGCCACCAGGGGCACACCAGGCUGGCCUGGCGGUCAGCUGGGACUGUCCGCAGGAGGCAGGCGUCCACACACUCGGGGUCCGGAGCACGUUACUGUCACACCUGGGGCAGGGGGGACGCCAAGGCCCUGGGAGCCCUUCCCUGCACCAGCACCCAUCCGGUGGCCUCUCUCUGUGUCCGGCCCUCCCCUCUGACUCCCAGCAGGCUUUCUCUGGUUCUGGCGAAGGCACUGACUUUUGUAAAAUUUUAUUAAAUAAAAUGGCCUGGAUAAGGCCGCGUUCUCGCUG